AUGGAUUUCACCGUCAAUAAAGAGUACAAAUGUUUUCCCACAUUAAGAUUCCUUAAUAUUGAAGUUGCAUUGUUAAAUAAACACAUUGAGUGUACCAUUGGUGAUGAAUCUAAUAAGCUGCGAUGCUUGCAACUUCUCAAUCAACAUGAUGAAGAUGAAAUCAUGAACAUUCCAACAGAUGAUGCCAUUUUGGAAGCAGCAAAAGAAAGAAUAAUAGUGAAGUAUCAAGAGUACGUCCUAAAAGAAGAAAUAAAUUAG